UGUUCCCUGAGACCAUGGUCCCCAACCAUGUUGUUGGGUUUUUGUGGGCAGUUUAAGUGGAGGAUGAAUCCCCAGAUGUGGGACACCCAGUCAAAGACGUUUGCAUCUGUCAUUUUGAGACACACUGCCCAACUACCCUGUCAGUGUACCACCCUCCCAGCGGGGGAAGAGAGGGGCCACCAAACGGCCUCACCUUAGCCUCUUUCUCCCUUUCUUUCUAGAUGCGAGCCACCCCUCUGGCUGCUCCUGCCGGUGCCCCCUCCAGGAAGAAGCGGUUAGAGUUGGACGAUGACCUAGAUGCCGAGCGCCCCACCCGGAAACGAACUCAAAACCAGUCCCAGCCCCUGCUGCCCCCCUGCCUGCUUCCCCUGAGCCCACCCCGUGCCCCAGAUCCUGCGCCUACUGUGGCCACUGCCUCUCGGCUUGGGCCGUACAUCCUUCUGGAGCCUGAGGAGGGCGGGCAUGCCUACCGUGCCCUGCACUGCCCCACAGGCAAUGAGUACACCUGUAAGGUGUACCCGGCCUGUGAGGCCCUGGCUGUGCAGGAGCCCUAUGCACGGCUGCCCCCCCACGAGCACGUGGCACGACCCACUGAGGUCCUGGUGGGCACCCAACUCCUCUACGCCCUUUUCAAACGUUCCCAUGGGGACAUGCACAGCCUGGUGCGCCACCGCCGCCGCCUCCCUGAGCCUGAGGCCGCUAUGCUCUUCCGCCAGAUGGCCGCCGCCCUGGCACACUGCCACCAGCAUGGGCUAGUCCUGCGGGAUCUCAAACUGCGCCGCUUUGUCUUCACCAACCGUGAGAGGACGAAGCUCGUGCUGGAGAACCUGGAGGAUGCGUGUGUGUUGACUGGGCCAGACGACAGUUUGUGUGACAAGCACGCCUGCCCAGCCUACGUUGGGCCCGAGAUCCUCAGCUCACGGACAUCCUACUCUGGCAAGGCGGCAGAUGUCUGGAGCCUGGGCGUGGCACUCUUCACCAUGCUGGCCGGCCACUACCCCUUCCAGGACUCAAAGCCUGCCCUGCUCUUUGGCAAGAUCCGCCGCGGGGCCUUUGCCCUGCCGGAAGGCCUCUCGGCCCCAGCCCGUUGCCUGGUCCGCUGCCUCCUUCGACGGGAGCCAGCUGACCGGCUCACAGCCACGGGCAUCCUGCUGCAUCCCUGGCUGAGGGAGGACCCGUGCUGUCUGGCCCCAUCACGGUCCCACCUCCAGGAGGCUGGCCAGGUGGUCCCUGAUGGGCCAGGGCCAGAAGAGGCUGAGGAAGAGGAGGGAGACCAGGAAGUGGGUCUAUACGGCUAAGGCCACCCUACUAGACUCUCAGCUGCUAACAGUGGAUUGAUUCGGGGUGUGUCCAAGCUUUCUCCCUCCUCUUUGAACCGAGCCACACCUUAAGUGCCUUCUAGGAGGGAGGCAGGAGGAGACGUGUGCAGAACAUGCUGUUUGCACACCUGUGGCGUCCACAUGCUUGUGCACACAGGCUUGGGCAUGCAACAAGUCUGUCCCGGGCAUUUGUUGUGUGCCAACCCCUGUUCUGGGUGUUGGGAACACAGCACUGAAAAAAGAGAUAAACCCCUCUGCCUCACGGAGUUGAUACACUGGUGCUCUUGAGCCAGAGACCCCUCUUCAGGCCUACCAGCCAGGGUCUGCCCUAAACACACAUUAGUACCCACGUGUCGGCACCCACUUGUGCUGGUGCUGAGGUGCCUCUGUCCCUAGGACAGUCCCUUUCAUCAACAACCCUGCUGCCUUUGUGUCCAGCACCUUGUUCAGAGAAAGGAAAGUGUCCUUGUGCCAAAUGCUCCCAGAGCUCAAGGCAUGCUGGGAAUUGUAUUUGCUGCAGCUCUGUCUUCUUGAUCAAGAGAUGCUUUUUCAAGGCCCAAGCCAAGAUGUGGGCCAGAAGAACAAGAAUCCAAACUAUGAGGCUGGUCCUCAUCUAACUUAAGGAAUGGCUUAGAAUGAGGGUCCAGGCCUACCCACCUUGGUGAACCCUGACCUGAGCACAGAGGUUAGGGGGCAGGAUUAGGCAAGGGUAGGCCCUCUGGCCUCCUGGGAAGGAUCAGGCCCUGUUCUGGGGAUCACACUUCAACACUAUGGGUUUUGGAUACCAUGAAUUUAUAUUUUUACCUUGUGCCUUAAUAAAGGAGAGUUAUAAAACACUGGUUUCUCCAGAUUUCAUCUAUCCUCCCCUUCCUGUCUUUGGCUCCAAAACAGCAUCCAUGGUGAACAGCUAGAGGCCUGCGUCUCAGCCUCAGCUGAGGAGUGUGUGAGAUUAGAUCCCCGGGAGCCCGGCAGAUCUAGCUGCACUACCUCUGUUUCUUCUGGUGGCAGUGGUAUCUCAGUUGGGUGCUUUAUGGCUGCAAGUCACAGAAGCCCUGAGUCAAAGUGGCUUAAACAAGAAGGAAAUGUAUUUUCACACACGAGAAGAAGUCAGUACAUGAGGCAGGCUCUCAGAGCUGGUAGCAAGGACCCAUGCUCUCUAGGCCCUUCCUGUUUCUUUGCUCUGUCGCCUUGGUGACUCAGUGUGACAGCUACAACAGUCAAAGUGUCACACUGGAGAGGCUGAUGGCAGAGGAAGACUUGCUUACCUGGCCCACGAAUCAUGAACUAAAACAAUUGUCAUCUUAAGUCACUACGUUUUGGGCUGUUUUGUUAUGCAGCAAAAGCUGACUGAUACAGAGAGGGACAAGUUAGCCUCAACCCUGUGUGCCCAGCACUGCCCACAGCUCACAGCAGUGACUUUAAGUGAAUUAAGUGACCACUGUGUAUCGGAUCUCAUGUGAAUCUCAUGUGGCAUCCCUUGCCUUUUACCUCUCCCCUGCCCAGCUGCCAAAAGACCCUGCCCUAGCCCCCCUUGCAGGCGGAAUGUCCUCGCUUGUGCCAGUGGAGCAAGGGGAAGGGAGGCAAACUAACAUAAAAUGAGGGCUGCCAAGGGGCAGGCACUGUGCGAAGCCCUUUAUCUGCAUUACAGAGAUAGAUUCAUUUAAUCCUCCCAACAACCAUAGGCACUCAUGCUCUUGUCUGCCUGGUUUUACAGACAGAACAAUGAGGUUUAGAGAGAGCAGAACUCAUCCAAGGCCACACAACAGAGAACAAGAGUCACCUGGUUUUGCGUUGAAGCAGGAGCUUUUGGCAAGGGCAGCCACAUGAAAACUGCCCAGUCACAGCAAAAUCCAUUCCCUUAUUACCAAGUGAUGGAUGUAGUCUCACUCCUGACACCAAUUAGUGGGGUUUUUCCUGUUCUAUUUUUAUUCACUUAAUCAUCAUUGUAUAAAAGUUCUACAAUAUCAAAUGUAAUACAUGCAUUACUGGGAGGAACUGUUAGAAAUUUAAUUGAGGCUUUUCUCUGCAACUGGGAGCUGAAUAUAAAAAAAUCAUAUUGUCUCCUGCCAAUUAUUCAUUCACUUAGCAAUUCAACAUCUAUUACUGAAUGCCUACUAUAGGCCAAAAAAACCCUCAAACCUGUUGCUGUCGAGUCAAUUCCAACUCAUAGUGACCCUAUAGGAUAGAGUAGAACUGCCCCACAGAGUUUGCAAGGAGCAGCUGGUGGAUUCGAGCUGCCGACCUUUUGGUUAGCAGCCAAUCUGUUAACCACUGCACCACCAGGGUUCCAUACUAUAGGCCAGGGCUCAUGAAAGACAGACAACAUGGCUCUCGCCCACAACUACUCAGUCUAAUAGAGGAGAGAGAUGUUAAAAAAAAUUAUUCUUGUCGUAACUACUUCGUGGCAAAGACAGGCAACACCAAAUACACCAUCUGCUCCCUUACAUUUCCUGGCUUCCCUUGCAGUUAGGUUUGGGUCAUAUGACUAGUUCUGACCAAUGAUGUGUGAGUCAAAGUGAUGGGGGGAGGGGAAGGGUCACUUCUGGGCUGAAACUGUUGACAGCCAGCAGCUUCCAUCUCUCUCUUCCCCUGCCACUAACAUAAAAUGAGGGCUAACAUAAAUGAGUGACUGCCACUGCCACCUUAAGGCCACUUUUUCCCUUA